AUGUCAGAUUGCUACAGAAAUCCACAAAAUCAAACAAAACCAACCGGCAUUGUUUCAACACCGGAUAACAACACAACAUCUGUUUUUGAUAGUAAUAAUGCUAGUGAUACUCAAGAGGAUUUGAUAGAGGUCAAAGCCAAUGCUGACCCUAUAAUGAAAGUAUUUGAACCAUUUGUAAAUGCGGCUAGUGUUUCACUUUUGAACAAUCCAACACAACGUAUUCCAGUUCAAGUAUUACGCGAUACUGGAGCGUCUCAAUCUUUAAUACUGACAAACACAUUGCCAUUUUCUGCGGAAUCAUAUUCCGGAAACAAUGUUUUGAUAAAAGGAGUUCACUCCAGCGAUUAUAGUUCAGUUCCUUUGCACAACAUUCGACUGCACUCAGAUUUAGUCUCCGGAGAUGUUUCGAUAGGUAUCAUCGAUACAUUGCCUUUCGAUGGAAUACAAUUGUUAUUAG